AUGUUUCUCGCUAUCACUCCUGCUAGCUUCGGCUGGACACCUGCGACAGACGUGAGACAGUGGAGAGCUCCCCGCCUUUGCGGCACAACAAUGGGCGCAGGUCAGUCGGCUGAACACGUCGGAGCGUCUCCUGAGGAGCUGAGCUACGUGCUCGCGGAGCGCUUUGCGACGAAAUGCUUCACACCACUGGAGCUGACACAUUUCAAAGACAAUUUCUUCUCUCGUGCCGCUGAGCAGGGUGGAAUUCGUUAUUGGAAUGAAAACAUUCUCUCGGAAAUCCUUGGCGUCCCGGAUGGCAGCUUCUCUGAUGCCAAUGAAACCCCACUGGAUGCGGGACCCGUCAUCUUCCGUAUGGUUUCGUACCUUGGAGCAUUCCCAUUUCAAAAUACCAUGGCUCCAAGCCUUUUAACGUUUGAGGCUAUGGUCAAGGUGGCCGUUCUCUUGACUGAACGAUAUGGGAAAGUGUUGAAAAGAGGACGCAAGGAUCGCAUAAAGCUGCUCUUUGGCAGUCUUGCUGAUGUCGGAAGAAAGGACAUCGAACAAGUUCCAGAUGAAACUACUGGUAAGGGUGAGGAGUCGCCUGCAGAAGAAGGUAGUUCUACAGCCGUCAACGCUCAUGCCCCGGGGUUUUCAAUCGACGAGCCGGCAAAUGACGAUUACGACGAAGAUGAAGAUGACGACCUUGCCCUAGCGGCGCUGGAGUCACUAGAUGCCAUUGAGGUGUUUAAACACGAUCAUCGAGUCGACCGCACCGCUUAUGAAACGCGCAUAUCUCUGGGUACCUUCCGCCGACUGCUCAUGCUGCUGCUCGUGAUCGCGCCUCUCAAGCCUUUGGAAUCUGUGCAGAUUUAUACUAAUGACCUAUCUGCUGAAAGAGUUGAGGCGAUUCAAGAAGAGGCAGACAGUAUCAUUGCGGCUUUUUCCCCGGAGGAAAAUGACGGCGGCAUCUCAUAUCGGGCUUUUGCUCGAACAAUUUCAUCCUCGUUGCCAUAUCUUUUUGACCCUCUUACACCACUAUUCGAGCAUCUGUUGUUCAGCAAGAAUCUGAAUCUUUCUAAAAAGCAACAGGCAGAAGCACGGGACGGAAAUAUUUCUGUUGAAGAGACUAGAGAGAAGCCCGAAGACGUUCCACUACCUGCACCAAUCAUGCUUCCAGGCAGCUUCGAGUCGACGAUUCUGAAUUCGACGCUUCUGUCACACAUGUCUUUUUUCUUGCCUUCCACGUCGGCAUCACGAAAUCUCUUCCGCAACGGCGUACGCCUUCACCCGGUAUUCUCUACGUCGGCCCACGGCUCCUCUUUAACGUCAUUCUCCCACUACGUCCUUACCUGGCAAUCAGCAUCGUUGCUGAUACUUCAGGGCAUGCUAGAGGGUGAGAGUGAGGAGAUGCAUACCCUCGGUGUCUAUCUCCCUCAAACAUGGAAAUCAUCUUCUUCAUCACACAGUGCCUCUGUAUCGCAAGCCUCUCAACCUCUCCCUUGCCUCUUUCAGCUCUCUCCCAAACACCGAGUCCUCCCAGGCAAUCCAUCUCCAUCCGUUGAAAUGAAAUCAAAUAUCCCAGCUGCAUGGUUUUCAACACACUCUGGCAUUGCCAUCGGCUGCAAGAGUCCCCCCACCAUCUCGUAG